UAAGUAACUGUCCUUAUUGUGCUUGUUGUGUGCUCAGGAGGGAAACUUCAAACCGAUGCCGAUGAGGAGGUGUGAGGAGCUGUGACCACUCAGGCGACCAUGUGAGCUCUUUAUUUGAUCAGUGGUGUGAGACUGAAGAGAGAGCAGAAAAGGGCAAAUGUGAGAGGAGGUGACAGAGAUCUGAACUGUAUCUUUCCAGGGAGCAGAGCUGUGAACAUUUUUCUCUUACAGUUUCAAUUACUCUUGGAGUGGACACUGAUACCGACUAGAUCAUUUACUUGCAAAAUUGGGGUUUGAAUUAUAUGAGGAAGACUUCAGGAAGAUUCUUCCACUGCAUCCAUCAGUGAAUGAAGGGUAUUGUUGCUUAAACAGAAAAUGACCACCAAACCGUAUCUGGACUCAGGUUCUCGUUUCAUCCACGAAGACGGAGACUGGAAACUUCCUCCACCCACCCGUUCAGAUGUGAAGCCUCAGUAUGUUCACCGUCUGGCUCCAAACCCGCCACCUGAGAUCAGCGUCUCCGUCCCCAAGCAUAAAGAUGUAAAACAGAGGUGUGUUAAGUUCACUGUGGCUGCGGUGAUCUGUCUGCUGCUCCUCCUGCUGCUGGUUGGAAUCCUUUUGGCUUAUUACUUUUCCUCGCCCUGUGUGCACGGGAUGCAGUGUGGUGAUGGGAGCUGUGUGUGGGAGUCCCAGUGGUGUGACGGAGUGACAGACUGUCCAGCUGGCCAGGACGAAGCGAACUGUGUGAGGCUGCAUGGUUCCAGCUUCCUUCUCCAAAUCUACUCGACUCAGACUAAAACCUGGAGGACUGUUUGUUCUCACGGCUGGACCGAGCAGCAGGGCAGAGCGAGCUGCCAGACCGUUGGAUACAGCAGGGGGACAUAUUUUAAAUCUGGCCAACAGAAGACUGACUCUGAUGAUGGAUUCUUAAUGGUGAAGUCUGAUUUCAACCCGGAGGCUUUCAUACUGCAACAGCUUGAACUCAGCAACACAUGCCCCAACAACAGGGUGGUGACAUUGCAUUGUACUGAUUGUGGGAACGGGGUGAACUCGAGCAGGGCCUCUGGGGGCCAGCAGGCCUCCCUUGGGUCCUGGCCUUGGCGGGUCAGCCUGCAGGUUGCGGGCUCCCACCGCUGUGGAGGAGCCAUCAUCUCCCCCUUCUGGAUACUGACUGCAGCACACUGUGUGGCCAGGGCCUCCAGCUCCAGUGACUGGGCAGUGUAUGCCGGGAUAGUGGAUGCACUAGGUACUCUGUUUAACCCUGCGUACUCUGUGAGUCGCAUCAUUGCCCAUGAAGACUACAAGAGCCACACUCGCAGGAAUGACAUUGCUCUGAUGAGGCUCACCAAACCCCUGGACGUCACAGCCUCCAGUAAUAUCAGACCUGUGUGCCUCCCAAAUGUUGGUCUAAACUUCAGUGCACCUCAGAAGGCCUGGAUAACACAAUUUGGUCACGCAGCAAAUGGAGACUCUUCAUACCUGAUGGAGACUCAGGUCUCGCUCAUAGAAACUGCAGAGUGCAACAGCUCCAUUGCUUACAAUGGCAGGAUAUCACAGGACAUGUUAUGUGCCAGAGAGAUGGAAGCAGGAACGGGCAUGUGCCAUAGUGACAGUGGCGGGCCUCUGCUGUCUCUGACAAAUGGGCUAUGGUGGCUCACAGGGGACAGUAUUUGGGGGGAACACUGUGCUGAGCAGAACAAACCAGGUGUUUAUGGCAACGUCACCUAUUUUCUGGACUGGAUCUACCGCCAGAUGAAGAAGCAUCAAGAUGACUGAUGACAGGACCAAAGAUGAACUUUCUGACAUGUUUGUGUUUACAAUUUUUUUUUUAAGUGAGACACAUUUUAAUGCCUCAUCAAUAUCUAUAUCACUAACAUAACUUAUUUCUUUAUUUUAUUGGUAUUCUU